UCAUGCCUAUAUAACAUUUCACAACAACAUAAACGAGCAUUCCAAAAAAAAAAAAAAACAAAACUCCAAGACAAGGAAAAAACAGCUAAAAAUGUCCACAAUUAAUGGAGAAGAGGAAGCUGACUCCCAAUAUGCUUCGCAGUUGGCAAACGUAUCAGUAUUGCCUAUGGUGCUUAAAGCAGCCAUAGAGCUUGGUGUACUUGACAUUAUCCACAGAGCUGGCGCCGGAGCCCUGCUUUCGCCUUCCCAAAUAGCGUCUCAGCUUCGAUCUCUCCACAAUCCGAAUGCCUCUUCAGUUCUUGAUCGCAUGCUUUGCCUUCUUUCUGCUUACUCUAUUCUCACUUGCUCAACAAUCCAAGCUAAUGGGAAGGUUAUUAGGGUUUAUGGUGCGGCCACCUUCAUAUGUCACCAUUCCUGCAGGUACCAGUUAGAUGCAGUUUUGGAAGGAGGACUCCCAUUUAGCCAGGCCUAUGGAAUGAAUGUGGUGGAUUACAUUGGUAGGGAUGACAGACUUGGUGGACUGUUUACGGACUCAAUGAAAGAGUUUAACCUCAUUUUUAAGAAGGAGAUUCUGGAGAUUUAUACGGGUUUCGAAGGUCUACACACACUGGUAGAUGUGGGUGGUGGCGACGGUACUAUUCUUAACAUGAUAAUUUCCAAGCACCCUGCCAUCAAGGGCAUCAACUAUGAUUUGCCUUCAGUUGUCGAAAAGUCUCCCUCCCAUCCCGGUAUAGAGCACAUUGCAGGAGAUAUGUUUGUGAGGAUUCCGAAAGGCGAUGCCAUUUUCAUGAAGUGGAUACUACACGGUUGGGAUGAUGAUCGAUGCUUGAUGAUACUGAAGAAUUGCUAUGAGGCCUUGCCAGACAACGGAAAAGUGAUAGUGGUGGAUAUGGUGAUACAAGAAGCCCCGGGAACAAGUUUUUCUGCUAAAAGUUUGUUUCUGUUUGAUGUGUACCUAAUGAAUACCAAUGUGAUGGGAAAGGAGAGAACAGAGAGAGAAUUACAAAGUAUGGCAAAAGCAGCAGGAUUUUCAGACAUUUGA